UAAAACCGAGGUCCUACUGUAAGUGACUCUGAAGCAGCAGUUGUGAUGCAUAGUUCAUCCCCUAGUCUCUGUAAGUCGCUUUGGAUAAAAACGUCUGCUAAAAGAGUAAUUCAUAACUAUCUGCAUGUUUAGUGCUUCUACAUAAUAUCAUAGUAGCUUGUCACUCAAUUGUCUUUAAAUCCUGGGAAUACUGACAUGAUGGACAUUGUUAUGGAAAUAAGCACUAGGGUGUGGAAAACCUGUUGCAGGAAGCAGAAAUAGUUUCCACCAAUGGGAUAUAAGAUGAUCCCGCUUGUCAGACAGGUUACUGGGGCAAGACAUGUGACACCUAUUCAAAGAAGGAUUAUUGGCAACACCCUUCACAAACUAGAGGCACUGGAAUUUUGUCAAGUAAACAGUGGAAGAUAAGUCAGGACUUGCCAUGUUUUACGUAGAUACUGCCUUUUUUCUGUCUUCGUGCAUCCACAUUGCCAUUUUAAGAAGCAGGGUUUCUCUAGAACAAUUAAAGUUACAAGAACAGAACUUUGGCACUGAAGAGGAUUGAUUUUACAGAUGAAAGUAAAACAGGUGACUGCACACCAGGAGUCUUGGUCUAAAUGGGUCCAGUCAUGCCUCCCAGCAAGAAGCCGGAAGGUCCAGGAAUCAGUGUUUCCAAUGGACUGAGCCAGUGUUACCCAGGAAGCUCUUUAUCCAAGGACCUCCAGGAAGCUGAGGAGCUGGACUUAACACUGCCCACCAUCAAAUUGGAAAAAGGGGCCAUGGAAGAUGAAGAGUUGACAAACUUGAACUGGCUUCACGAGAGCAAGAACUUGCUCAACAGUUUUGGGGACACUGUGUUGCGGAGUGUGAGCCCAGUUCAGGAGAUUGAUGACGAUACCCCUCCUUCCCCCGCACAUUCAGACCUGCCCUAUGAUGCCAAGCAGAAUCCAAACUGCAAGCCUCCAUAUUCCUUCAGCUGCCUCAUAUUCAUGGCCAUUGAAGAUUCUCCCUCCAAGAGACUGCCAGUAAAGGAUAUUUACAAUUGGAUCCUUGAACAUUUCCCUUACUUUGCUAACGCCCCCACCGGGUGGAAAAACUCUGUCAGACAUAACCUGUCGUUGAAUAAGUGUUUUAAGAAGGUGGACAAAGACAGAAGUCAGAUGGCAGAAGUCAAAGUGCUUAAACACAAGACCCUGGACAGGAAAAGUAUUGGGAAAGGUUCAUUAUGGUGCAUAGAUCCAGAGUACAGACAAAAUCUAAUUCAGGCAUUGAAAAAGACACCUUAUCAUCCAUACUCCCAGGUGUUUAAUACACCUCCCACAUCUCCUCAGGCAUAUCAAAGCAUGUCAAGUCCACCUAUUUGGCCAGGGAGUCCAUUCUUCAGAAAAAAUGGAGUUCUUUUACAAGAUCCUGACAUUGAUGCUGCCACUGCCAUGAUGCUUUUGAAUACUCCAGACCUACCAGCUACUUUCCCUCAGGGAGUAAUCCAGAAUGGAGCUCGUAUUCUGAGCCGAGGGAUGUUUGCGGACAUCAGACCACUGCCAAUCAAUCCUAUAGGAAGCAGGGCAGCUGCAGUAAGGAAUGUACUUGCUAACUGCCGGAUGCGAAGCGACAGUGAGCCGUCCUGUGGUACCCCUGUUGUAAGCAGUGACCCUAAAGAGGAUCACAACUACAGCAGCGCCAAUUCUUCCAAUCACAGAAGCACCUCUCCCACCAGCAACUCAACCUCAUCUACAGACGACCAUUACGAUUUCGCUGCGAAGGGCAGCCGUGAUGGCAGUGAAGUUAGUGAGGGUAGUUUCCAAAGCAAUGAAAGCCACAGCGAAACUGAGGAAGAGGACAAAAAAAUGAUUAAAAAGGAGACCAAGGAUUCUCUUGCUGACAGCGGUUGUUUGGCACCGCACAAGAAAAGGCAACAUUUGACAAAAGCUAAACAAAAGGUUUCCAGUGAUACUCUGCCUUUAAAAAAGAGGCGCACGGAGAAACCACCCGAGAGCGAUGACGAGGAGAUGAAAGAAGCAGCCGGCUCCCUCCUUCACCUGGCAGGGAUUCGCGCCUGUUUAAAUAAUAUCACCAAUAGGACGGCAAAGGGGCAAAAAGAGCAAAAAGAUUCUAUGAAAAAUUAGGACUGAGACAUCAGUUUUAAUGGAAUUUACUAUUUUUUUUUCAGGACAUCAGGUGAAUUCUAAUGAUUUGUGGCAAUAUCAAACAAUCACUUUGUUUUCCUAUAUUUUUAGAUCCUUUUUGUUUUGUUUUGUUUGUUUGUUUGUUUGUUUGUUUCGUUUAAAGGAGCUUAAAGCCAUAGCAAAACUUUUACUGAUGCUCAGCUAAUUUAGAAACAGACUUUUGUCGACCUGAAAAUGAGAAAAUGAAUUGGCCAUAUUAGUGGGACACAAAUGAUUCUAUGAGGGACACAAAACAAAAUUGAAAUUUACGAUCUUGAUUAAAGUAAAAAACAAAAGUGAUUAGCAAUCCCUCUAAUUCAGCAAAGUAAAGUUUUUGCUGUUAUCUGGACGUUUAGCUGUAUCAGUGUGUACGUGUUGGAAGGAGACAGUGAUACAUGAUUUGUCGUGUUGUGGAUAUUUCUAUUAUGAAAUGCAUGCAAAAAUAAGCAGCACUAUGCCCAGUGUCUUUAUCUGUGGCAUAUGGACAAGAAACAGUAGUUCCAAAUUAUUUUUUUUUAAGUUCUUGGUUAGCCAACAAUGACAACUGCACUUAAUUUACUACUGUGUUGUCACUGUGGCUGUUCUUAUAAAGACUGCUUUUAUGGCCAACAAAACUGUGUCACAUCAGAAAGAUAUCGAAAUGGAAAGAAAGAAUUGGAUACAGAUGACUGGAAUUGUUUUCAUCCACAGAAUUCAGUCUUCUAUAAAUAUAUAGAACAUCACUUAAAAGCCAUAAGCUUGAGGUUUCAGAGCAGUGUGCAAAAAUAUAAAAUGUCUUCUAAACUGCCUAUGUAAAGAAAAAGAAAAAAAAACAAUUAAGGACAAAGUUGUAAUCUAGUGAUUUAUAAGAGAAUAGUGAUACAUUAAUGGGGAUCAGUAAGAGUAAUAUGGGAUGAUAGAAGCUACAAGCCCUGCCGUUAGUAUUAUACCGGCAAAAAUAUUUCAACUGACUGGAUUUUUUUUUCUAUUUUUUUUUUUUUUACUGCCCACUCAAUGGUCUAAGCAAUUUCAUCCAGUCAGGAUAAUACUGUAUAAAGGUUACAAUAUUUUUAUUUCUGAAUUUAGCCAAUGUAGCCAGCAGGAUUUUGCAAACCGUGUUGCAUGGGUUCUAUAAAUGAAAAGAAACCUUUUUUUAUUCAAAGUUCAUGUAAGGUAAAUAAUGUAUUUAGCAUGGAGCAUGAAUUAUUUUCAUAUAAAUAUAGAAGAUAGAGAAAAAGGUGAUGCCUCUAAUUUUUAAGCUAGUUUUUGUUUUAUUUUAUUUUUUUUGAAGCAGGAUUUUAGUUAAACCUUCAGGGACAUACACUGACUGUUGGGAACUUACUCUGCAAUAUGAAGACUUCACAUUUUGGGUAGGGCUAGGAUGGUUGAAUAUACUGCCUUGUCUGCACAUUCACCCUACUUCUGCUUUUAAAGUGAACAUGUCUAGGGUUUAUGAUCUUUAUAUGUUUUUGCUCGCAUAUUUAAGGAGAAGUUAGUAGUGAGUGUAAAUCCCUAGUAACACGUGUGUCUGUGUUUUAUUUCCCAGCAUUUGAAAGUCCACAAAUGUUUCAGAAAAUCACUUUGACCACUGCCACGUAGAAUCUGUGUUUUACACGAUGUUCUGUUGUUUCCACUGUUGUUCUUUUAUUGCUUCAUUCAUCAUGAAAUAUCAUUCUAGCGCUGUUCCCAGGUUAACAGUUAACGUCAGUAUUACUUCCUGUUGACCAGUCACAAAAACUCUUCCUGAAUACACACAUUGGUUAAUACCACCAGUUAUUGGACUGCAUUACACUAACAAUCCAGUACUUUGACAAUUUCAGUGCCAAAACCUGUUGGUUUGAUCAAUCACAUUCAUAUCCCAGCUGUACUUUUUAUUGUUAAAUAUCCAUAUAUUAAGUGAUACAACCCUAGCAGCCCCACAUUAUGAUGUCUCUAUAGGUUAUAAAACAGUCCAAAAUAGUCAUGUAAAUGUAAUCCUUUUCUAUUUCAGUAAUCAUGGCAGUAAUAAUUACACUCCAACUAGAUUUGAUCUAUUAAAUGAUUACACUUUGGACAAUUGCAACGAACUGGAGAAUGUAGUCCUUAGUUCUGUACUAAAUAGCUAGUAUGGCACUAUCUGCAGAUCAUCUCCAGCUUUAUACUAUCUUAGCACCAAUUGCAAUGAAAAAAUAUAGGGAACAAAGUUUGGGAUCAGCUGAUCCUCAACUUUUAGUACAGACCACAAGGAUAAACUGUUCAUUUCUUCUUAGUGUAUGGAAAUUGGCAGUGAGUGAGGGGAGGUCUGGGGAAUAAGGGGAGUACUGCAUUCUUGUACUGCAUAUUCCAAUUAUAAUUCUAAAGCUCUAUUGUAUUCGGUGUUUUCUUACAUUUUUAUUCAUUCUGUAUUUGUGUAUAAUUAUAAUACACCUGUGAAAAGAAAUAGGCACAGUUUAAAGAAUGUUUGAAAACUAAGACAGGUUUAAAAGAUGAAAGCAGGCAGGUGUUUUGCAAAAAUAAUUUUAUUAUGCAUAACCUUUUAAUCAAGUAACAUGUUUUUAAAAUACCAGCAGUUCAAGUGGACACAAUUAUUUUUUUUACACAAUCUUUAAAGGGCAGGCAAUUGAACAUAUUAAAAUGUACCUGCAGACAGUGUCUGGAAGCGCUCGAUUUUGUUGCAAUUGAAACUGUCCUGCUGUCUAUCGUUAGUACUGUCCAUCCAAACUAACCACAAGAUCAUCUGCAGGUAGUACGCUACUUUUAGUUUGUUGCAAUUAACCACUUGUGUCUGGCAUGAGUCAACAAAUGACAGAUUUCCCAGCAUAGGUACGGUAAUUUAAAAUUGGUCAUUUCAUGGGUUACCUCUUUCUUAGUGUUCGUAUAGUGUUGUGCACUGUGUUCACUGAGAACUGUUCUUAACUGGGAAAUCUUUUCAAAUUCAAGGAGUGUAUACAUGUAAAAUAAAAUCAACUGUUUAGUCACUGUUGAAUAAAUAAGGCUAUCUGUGUGAUUAAUGAAAAUAAUGAUUGUGCAAACAAAUCUGUGGCAACACAGUAUCAAAUGACUUAGCUGCCCGUAAGAAUCUGGUCAAAAAUGACUGCCUUUGUGUUAAGAAAUCAGAUGAUGUUACUCACACUCACUACAAAACUUGCCCUUUAGCUUCAUGUUGUAGUAAUGAUUUGAAAUGGGAAAGAAAUACAAUGUUUAUACUAGCCAAGCAAAUAAUAGUGAUAAAAUGCACAUUUUUUUUUUUUUUUUGUAAACUGCCAUUUUGUUUAUUAUAUGAAAGGAGCGUUGAGAAAUAAAAAAAAGUCGUAGUUAUUUUUGUUUUGUUCUGCAGGCAUGUGCACUCAGCCAAUCUGUAUGAAAUACGGAAAUGCUAAUAUGGAGGCAUAGUUGCGUUCUAUAUUUCUUUGAUGUGUAAUCAUAUUGCCAAAGACAAACUGUUUCAUCAAUUAUUGUAAAUAUCACUUUGUCCGUUACUAUGACAAAACCUUUUUUUUUCUGAAACCUACCAUAAAGUUUCUGUGAUGUAUUGUCUUCCAGUUGCAAUAAUAAAUAAGAGUUGCAUCAGUCGAAA